CUCUGUCACACACAGUGCUUGGUGCAGGGUUAGUAGAUGGUUUGUGAGCUCCAGAACACUUGUUGGAGUGAUUGUUUAUUAGUGGCAGUGAGUGCUGUGGAGCUGCGUGAUUUGCUGUCACUCACUGGACUUGUCUACUGGGAGACAGACUUUGCCCCGGGGAGAGGAGAACAGCCAGCUGUGAGCAGAUACACGAGUUUGAUCCAUUGACUCAUGGUUGUAGGACGUCCAGGAACGCUCCUGGGUCCGUUAGAGCUGUCAAUCUGCCUGGGAUCAGCUAAUCAGAACACAAAGCCAAUGUCCCCUGAGCGAAAGAGUGAGGAGGAUUGUAGGUGGGAGCCACCUGUGGAAGAAAUGGAGGGGGACUCUAUGUCAUCUGAAGGUGGCCGGAUGACAGACAGCACAGAUGAUGAGGAGACCAGCAGCACAGAGAGUGCACGGACGCCGACCAAUCCUUUUACAUCUAUACUUCGGCAUGGGGGCAUAAUUGUCAGUCUCAUGAUAUCGCACCCUAUCCCUACUAGAGAACCGAUAAAGGAGGAGAUACCUGGCAACCUGACCCAGCAGGAAGAGGUGUCUGGUACUCUCUACAGGCAAGAAGAUGAUGUUGGCACUCUGUCGCAGCCAGAAGAAGUGGUUGGCGCUCUAUCCCAGCAGAAAGAGACGACUGGCAGUCUGCACAAGCAGGGGGAGGUGCUUGGUACUCUAUACAGGCAAGAAGAUGAUGUUGGCACUCGGUCACAGCCAGAAGAAGUGGUUGGCGCUCUAUCCCAGCAGAAAGAGACGACUGGCAGUCUGCACAAGCAGGGGGAGGUGGUUGGCAGUCCGGUUCAGAGGCGGCUUGAGGUCGAGCAGAUGAAGGUCAUGAACAGAAUAUCACAGCUAGAGCAGCAGAUCAGAGAACUACAGUUGCAGAGGAGGGAGGUGAAUAUUGAGGUUGAGAUGGAAGUGGCAUUAUUGGAAGGUGAACUGCAGACAGAGAGAAAGGAGAUGGAUAGGGAAGAGGAACUUAUUCAAGCUCUUCAUGAUCAUCUGAGGGAAACCGAGAGGAGAAUGCAAGAGGAACGAGAUAAGGAUAAACUUAGGCUAAAGGAUGAGAAGAUGAAGAUCAAAGAACUGGAGCAGAAUAUCUCUGAAUGCCGUGCUCAGUUGGACAAACAACCAGAGAGUUUGCGGGAGCAGCUAAGGAAGCAGAUCCAGGAGAUGACAGAGAUGGUGGAGGGAGCUAUGAAAUCCUUUGAAGACCUUGAAUUUCAGCAGUUAGAGCGAGAGAGCAGCCGAGAAGAGGAAAGAGAAGCCUCAUACAGACAUAUAUCUGAGAGCAUCUCCAAACAUCAGAAUGAGCUGAACCAGAGGAAGGACAAGAUUCUGCGUUUGGAGGAGCAGAUCAGAGGAGCAGAGGAACAGGCACAGGAAGAGCGUCAGAGACUUAGUGAUGAGAAUUCUUGUGUCUUCCAGUCCCUGAAUAAGGAGAAGGAGCGUCUGAUGGCACUCGGUGCUCUUUGUGGGAAAGAACCCAGCCAGCCAGGGCAAGAAAGCAAACCUAGGAAGGGGCUUCAGAGAACUUCCAGCUUGCCCCGGAGACGAGGAAAUGCUCCAUUUCUUCGACCAACUGACCGACCUGUCUCACUACAUGGCAACACCUGUUUGGAAAAUGCUGGUCUUGCUGUACACCUUGCUGUGUCUUCUAGCAGUACUGGUGGGAAGAUUGCUCUCGGCUAUCAGUCCUAAAUCUUCAGUCUAACGCAGGCCCGGAAUACCCAGGAAAGAAAAGGCAUUAAUGGAGGAAACCCUGUGAACGGGCCAUGCAAUGGCCCCUCUAACUAUGGCCCCAUGCCUAAAAUUGCUGAAAUGGAGCGUCAGUUGAGAGAGGCCAUGGCUGAAAAAGAGCGACUGCUGAAAGCUCGGGAGGCAAAAAGAGUUGCCAAAGAGAUGACGCAUCGUUCAGAACCAAAUCAGAACAAAGUAAAGGAGGAAACAGCUGUAACCACAUCAGCAGUCACAAUGCAGCCACAUCAAGUCACGAUGGAGCCUGCUGGGGAUCCUGUGAAAGCACUCUCUGUGCCCCGUACCCCUUCACCCUUUGACCUGCGGGCAUACCUGGAGGCAUCAGGUCACAGCGUGGAGACCUGCCCGCAUGUGAAAGUGAGUUCCAUGUGCUGCAAAGGGUAUCUGGUGAAGAUGGGUGGUCGGAUAAAGACCUGGAAAAAGCGAUGGUUUGUUUUUGAUCGACAGAAGAGAAGACUGGCGUAUUAUUCAGAUAAAGAAGAACAGAAACUAAAAGGAGUUAUAUAUUUCCAGGCCAUAGAGGAAGUGUAUUAUGAUCACCUACGUAGUGCUUCUAAGAGUCCACAUCCCAAGCUGACAUUCUGUUUGAAGACCUUUGAACGUCUAUUUUGCAUGGUGGCACCAACUCCAGAAGCCAUGAGGAUAUGGAUGGAUGUCAUGGUGACCGCAGCGGAGGAAAACUCUCGGUACUAAUUCCAGAUUAUCAUAUGGUGCUCAGAAAGGACACAAGGGAACCGGAAUGUUUGAGAGAAAAAAAGUCUUAAAGAAUAAAGACAUUAUAUGAAAGGAAACUGGAAAGUGUGAAAGGUGGAGAAUAUUUAAGAAGAAUUUUGAGAAAUGUGAACUGAAACCCUUUUAUAAGCAGCUUUAUGAUAUAAUACCAGAUACUAAUAAUAUGGACAUUUAAUUACCUAAACCAUGCAAUUAGUAAUCUUUUUUUUUUUUUAAAUACUCUGUAUAGUUUUUAAAAGCUAUGACUCCUUCAAAAAGGACAAUUUUUAAUUCCUAAUAUCUCUAGCAAUAGUUAGGAUGACAGUGUUUUUUGUUUGUGGGGCUAAAAGCCGUGCUGGACGGAAGAAUUCUUUUUUGGAUUAUAAUAUGUUGGAGUCGAUUAAGUUGUAAAAUAAUACCAAGGAUUUCUUUAUUUUGUGUGUUAUAGUUCAUUACAGCAUCUGUCUAUAAUGUAAGUAAUAUUAUUUUUUUUAACUGACACAGAAUAUUACGUGAAUUUGUCAAGUGAGUAUUUGUGACGUACGAAACCACCGCAUUGUCAGGUUAUCCAAUGACAUUGCGAGAAAAACAAAACAAAAAACUGGGAUUUUUUGCUGGACGACUUAUUAUCCUCUACAAUUCUGCAACAAUUGGCUUCCCACCAUGAUGGGAUAGAGAUUAUACAUAUUCACUUUUCUGCAUAUUGAGGAUAACGUGUAUUUAUUAAUGAAAACACCCAAUUUACCCUGAAACUUGGCUGACUGAAAAAUUACAAUAUAUAGCAAAUCUGUGACUGUUUUAUAUUUUUGCUGCUACAAAGGUUAUCUACCAUUAAUUCUCUCUCUAGCUAUUUUUUUAUGUAUUUUCCCUUAAAGCAGUUACUGUUUGCAAUAUGCUUAAAAAUUUACACCACCAGCUGGAAUCGGCAAGGCACAUUUUAUUAUGAAGAUGAUACAGGUAAAAUAAUAAUAAUGUAGAGGAAACCAUUUGCAUCUGUAUUUAAAAUGUAAAAGAAAAAAACCGAAACGUUUAAAGAUUCAUCAAAUGAGGAUCAGAAUAAAGUAAUAUUUUAUUUGCUGCGUGCAGAAUAGCUUACAGUAUUUAAAGAACCUUGCACAGUUCAUUAAAUUAGCAAUACAAUUAAUACAGUGUUCUGCCAUAGAUCUGCAGUUGGGAGACUUUGCAUGAUUAUAAUGUUGUUUUAAUUUAUCUGUUGCUUUUCUUUAUUGCAUAUUCAUUUCUCUGAAUUCAGAUAUUUUCCAAAUCCCAUGGGUUUGUUAAGACAUAGAUCUUUAUGCAUUGCAGGUAUACAUGAUCGCACGGUGGCUAGCACCAUGAUUUAACCCUUUGGCUGCCAGAGACGGUUGCAAACAUUAAGCAACCUACUUUGACAUUCAUGGAGUUAAACAAAGUUUGCACACAUUUCUGUGUUUUUAAUAUUAAUGUUAUUAAUGUUUUGUUUGUGUACUUAAUAUCUUUAUGCUUCCUCUUUUAAAGGGACAGUGCAGUCAAAAUUAAACUUUCAUGAUUCAGAUAGAGCAUGCCAUUUUAAGCAUCUUUCCAGUCUCCUCCUAGUAUCAACUUUUCUUGGUGUUCUUGGUAUCCUUUGUUGAAGAGUAAAUCUGGGUAGGCUCAUAAGAAAUCAGGAGCGUACAUGUGUCUUUAGUACUCUAUUGCAACAUUGUUUGGAGCUUUGUUAUACAUUGUGCAAACACUGCUGCCAUAGAGUAUUAAAGACAUGCGUAUGAUCCAGAGUUUUUUUUUGUGUGAGCCCACUCAGAUUUACUCUUCAACAAAGGAUAUCAAGAAAAUGAAAUAAUUUUGAGAAUAAAAGUAAAUUGUAAAGUUGUUGAAAGUUGUAUGUUCUGUCUAAAGGAUGAAAGUUUAAUUUUUACUUUACUGUACCCUUUUUUAAGUCUGAUACUCUGUUCCUGUGUGUAUAAGUGUGAUUUUAUUUUUUUCAAUUUUGUACAUGUUGGGGAUGUUUAUCUUUGUGCUUUGUAAUGGAGAUGUGGGGUAUUAAUGUCUGUUACCAAUGGAAUAUAUUUUAUUUAUUGUAUAUAAAUAAACAUGGAAUAACUUUU